GUUUAUUUAGGGUUUUUCUCUCUACCAAAUCCCUCUCAAACCAGAGCUUUCUCUCUCUAGAAGCUAGGUGUUCUUCGAUACCAAGCAUCACCAUGGAUCGAUACCAGAAAGUUGAAAAGCCGAAGCCGGAUUCUCCCAUAAACGAGAAUGAGAUACGUAUCACUAGCCAGGGCCUUAUCCGCAACUACGUCAGCUAUGCGACCAGUCUUCUUCAGGAGAAACGUGUUAAAGAGAUCGUGAUGAAGGCAAUGGGGCAGGCAAUCAGCAAGACGGUGGCUAUCACAGAGAUUCUAAAAAAAAACCUGCCGCGGUUGCAUCAGGACGUUGCCAUCAGCUCUGUAAGCAUAACCGAUGUCUGGGAACCUAUGGAGGAGGGUCUUAUGCCUGUGGAGUUGACGCGUCAUGUUUCCAUGAUCUCAAUCACUCUGUCUAUGCGAGAGCUAAACAAAGAUUCUCCCGGGUACCAAGCUCCAUCUCUGGCACAACAGUCAAAACCUCAGAAUCAGACACAGCAACCUAGACAAUCCCGUGCUCCGUACAAUACGUACAAUGAAGAUUCUUAUGGUCGAGGGAGAGGGCGUGGCGGAGGUAGAGGGGGAGGCAGGGGAAGAGGUGGAUACGGAAAUUACCAAGGAAACUACCAACGAGGAUAUCAAGGAAACUACCGAGGUGGCUAUCAAGGAAACUACCAAAUGGGCUAUCAAGGAAAAUACCAAGAUGGCUACCAAGGAGAUUAUCAAGAGAAUUACCAAGACAACAGUGGUGGAUAUUCAAACUGGAGUAGAGGACGUGGAAGGGGUCGAGGCUGGGGCUAUCGGGUGGAUAUCAAGGCGGAAGAGGUGGCGAGUACAAUGGUGGAGGUGGAAGGCGUGGGUACAGCGGUGGAAGAGGUUAUGGUCGUGGACGUGGAAGGAUGGGUUGGGGCGGGGGUCGGGUCAGGGACGGUGGUAACCAGACCGAAGCUUAGUCUGCUCAGCCUCGCUUUCGGUUUCUACAAUAUAUGUGAAGGAGAAGCAUAUAUAUAUAUAUAUAUAUAUAUAUAUAUAGGGUUGGCUUUAAGGAGAGAAGGUUUGGGUUUUUUUUUCUUUCCAUAUGCACAGAAUUUAGCCAAAAGUGCAAAGAGCUUCUGAUCUCUCUUUCUUGUAAUUAUUUUUUCCUUUGGAAAAGAAAAAGAAAAGAAUCUCGUUUUGUUGUCUGUAAUGAGAUUCGGAAAUCUUUAAAUGGGUCACAAAAAAUUACUUUCUAUUA